GAUGGCGGACUGUUCAGUUCGUCAAGGUUGUUUUGUCUGCGGGUGUGAGUGUCCACUUAAUAACUCGGACCAAAUGAGGGAUAUAGACCAGUGUGAGGAAUUAGAAUCAUAAUAUAAAGUUGAUGCUCCCCCUACACAUAUUUCCCUGUAUUCUUCUCUAGUGUCUACAGUGCCUUCAUGCUAGACGUGAACCACUACUGAAGUAGUACACGCAUCUGGUCUUACUCUUUCCCAAUAUCAUUGUGAAUUUCAUGAUUUUCUCAUUGAUUAACAUACUUUGGAAAUAUCUCGACUUCUGAUCACACAUUUAAAUCUUAAUGUCGGAAGAAGUUGCAGAAGACAAACGAUUGAUUUCCGAGGCAGCUUCGUGCUACAGACGUAAAGAUUUUGAACAAUGCCUUUCUAUCAUGGAGAAACUGAAAAGCCGAAAGCUGAAUGAUACAAAAGUAAAGAUAAAUAAGGCACUAUUAUCGUUUGUAUAUAAUUCACGUUAUUCGCAGAGUGAACAAUAUAUUUCUGAUCUGAAAAGAAUUGCAACUGUUGAAGGAAUGAAUCUUGAUGACUAUAUUAAUAAAACAGUCUUAAGUAGACAUAAUUCAGGUCGUUCAGAUGAACCUCAUACUUCUAAAGAUCUGUUGUCGAAUACUGCACCUCAGUUUAUAUCGAGAUCUUCUGUUAUGAUAAACUUACUGUACAACUACGCUGUUGUAUUAUUUUAUCAACAUCAGUAUGCUCAGGCUGAAAAACUUCUUGCUAACUGCCUUGGUAUCCCAUCAAACUUGGAAUCCGCAUAUAGUAAGACAUUGCACUUAAAUGAGACUCAAUUAAACUUUCAGUCUCCGACAUGCAUUGAUCAAUCUUCUACUUUGAUACAAACAAUAGACCUUACACCAUCAAACGAUACUGACCUAUGUCGACGUAUCGUGCUUCUUUGGCUGGAAGUUUCUUUAAGGUUGUUUCGGAUGGAGCGUGUUUUUGAACUUUGUGACUACUGGAUUUUAUGUCUUAAUACAGCGUCAGUGAUGUCAGAAACAGCAAGCCUGUCAUCGAAUCCUCCAUCUGAAAAUACCAGCUGUCAUUCACAUAAUCUCAGUAGUAAUGCAUUGUCUAUGUUAAUUGGAAUUCAAAAACCAAUACAACUUUACUACAUUCGAGCAUGUUUGCUAACAGGACGUUUAAAUGAAGCUGAAUCCGAAUUAAACAUAUUCAUAUCAGAAAGUUAUUCGAUAUCAAAUAACAACUCUCUUCAAAAGAAUACUGAUUUUGAAGAAAAUUCCACCGAAGUCAAAAUUACGCCUGACGAUGUGGGUGAAAAUUGUCUGGAAGAGAAAAAAAAAGAAAAUCCCACAUAUUCGGAUUCUCAAAGUGACACUGAUCAUUGUUCUAAUAUUGUGUGGUCUACUGGAAAUUCUGUGUAUUUCCUUCAAGCUCAGCUAGCUUUUUUGAAGGGUCAGUAUAGUGAUGCCGUCAAAUUGCUUAUUUCCAUGCCAUCACCUUCUUAUAAUUCAACUGCUAUGCAUGAUUGGGAGUCUGUUAUUUUAAAGAAUAAUCUUUCCUUGAUUCAUCAUCGCACUGGUCGAUGUACCUCUGGUUUGGUACAACUUCGUCAUGCUUUAAAACAAAUCGACAAAACAAUCAAAACUGCUGUACAUUCAGAAGAAAAAAAUGUGUCUUAUUUACUCAAUCAUCAAAAUGGUUGCUCCUCUUUUAUUGAAUAUUCUGAAUUGUUUAACCAGAUUCCAUUACAUGUCUCCAGUUUACUUGAACAUUACGAAUUAAUUUAUAAUUAUGGGAUACACUUGUUAUUCACUAACAGACCUUCAGAAGCAUUUUCUACACUAUCACAACUUGUUCGUAUUUAUCCGAGAAAUCCUCGUCUAUGGUUUCGUCUUGCCGAAUGUUGUAUAAAGUUGCAUUGUCCACAUAAUUUAUCACUUUGGAAUAUGGAAUCAAGAAAACGAUGUAUUGUUGCAACCUUUGGUUCUGGUUCGUUUCGUAAAUUAUCACUUGCUUCUGUGAAUCCACAGGUCACCAAGUCAAAAGUGGAUGAUACAUUAUUAUCGUCUCCGAGUAUGGAAUUCGCAUUUCUGGCAUUACGUAAUGCAAGCCUAUUAAUUCCAACACCUGAUAAGCUUAUUACAAAUAAGUCUUCAAAUAAUGAUAGAAUUAAUUCAUCAUGUGUUUCAUCUCUUGUUAAAUGGUCGAAUAAACAGUUUAUCUCCACUUAUCCAUCACCAACACCAUUGUUUGGUAUCGGAUUAUUACACUUCUUGUCAGCUUUACAUGUGAACAUAUCGUAUGUGGCUUUGUGUUUAAACGAAUUUGUAGACGUAAUACAUUCUGCCAGUUUCAUAAUGGAUUCAAUACCACAAAAUGAAACUAGUUCUACUCCGGUAGGACCGGUUAAACGUAAAAAAUAUCUGCCUAGUCUUGCUAUGAUUGCUCCAAAAAUUCACAGUUAUUUAUGCCGUUUGUAUUGUGCUGAAGCUUUGACUUAUCUGGAUAAAGUAGAUGAAGCCACUGCUUUAUUACAAAUAUCCACAAAUAAUCAAUUAGAUUCCAUUAUACGUUCUUUAAACGGUGUUUGUUUUGCAAUGCCAUUUCUUUUUCCUAACACUGAUUAUAUCCAUGACUUUUCUACAAAUAAUGAUUCAGUGAAUAACAACUCGGAUAUUUGCGAUGAGACUAACCUGUCGUUUCUUGUGAAUAGAUGUUCAAAACAAUCAAUUAUUCGACCUGUGGACUUUCCUUCUAAUGUUGUUCAGUCUUCAUCAUUAUUGGCUUACAAUUUAGCAGUCACAUUAGCUAUUCAAAAACAAUAUUCUUUGUCAAAGCAAUACUUAGAUCUAUCAUUACCAGGUUUAUUUGUAUCAGCGAAUGAAGUAGAUGGUCGAAAAUGGCAUAUUAAUGAAUUAUCAGAAGAGGCAACUAUAACCAAUAAUUGUAAAUUAUUACCGACUACAGUUAUUUUACUACGUAUCUAUUUAGCUAUACGUUUAAAUGAUCAAAAACAUGCCGCUGAAUUAAUACGUGAGAAUUUCGGUCACUUUGCAAUGGCUAGUAGAUUCAAUUCAAUUCCUGUUUGUAAUCAUGAUGAAUUAACUUCUGUCCCAUCGAUACCACAAGAUAAUGUUGUUCCGUCACUAAAUCAUAAAAGUGUUCCUUUAACUUUAGUUGAUUUACAACAAUUGAUUAAAGGUCAACAAUACCAAUCAAAUUCUACUGCUGGAAUUUCACAAAUGCAUCCACCAUCAUCCAUUCAACUAUCACAACAGUUCAAUAAUAAUAAUAAUAAUAAUAACUCCACUAAUAAUAAUAAUCAACCAAUUAAUUUAUGGACACCUUGUCAACAAUUUCGUCAAUCUCAAGCUCAGCAAAAUCAAACAAUUUAUUAUUCACCAUUGUUACAAACACAAACUGCACUUACUAAUUAUGAAUAUGCUAACUGUUGGGAUUCAUCGACACCACCGACAACUGGUAUAAUUACAGCUAAUAAUGAAAAUGAUUGGCCACCUUUAUAAAUUGUAUCUGAUGUUCAGUAUUAUUUCUUCUCUUGUUUUUUAAUUUUAAUAAAUACUCAAGCGUUUUAUAAUCCUUAUUAAUGGAUUAAUUUGGUCGGUUUUCAUCAAUCUAGAAAACUUGUUAAAUGUACAAACUCAGGAGUAACUUUAUGUUUAAACAAAAUAUCGGUUAGCUGUAAUAAACAGUAAUUAUAAAGAACCUCCUUAUUGUGACUACUAGUUUGGUGUGAUGUUCUGGAUCGCCCAUCAUGAUGACCCAGUUGAGCUAUAUUGGCUGGAACACUUGUCUCAGCAUGUAAGCCAGGUCUGUGGGAAAGUGGUAGCACUAAAAACAGCACUUAACGGCAGAGGAUGAUGUCGUACUACUGGCUUUACAGAGAUCUGGUGACAGUAAGGUGUUUUCCUCAGACAACCAGCAUUCAGAGCGAUACUACCUUUCCACAACGAAAAGGGAUCAUAAAGAAAUAUUGAUUCUGUCCUCAGUAGAAUCUUCAAAGUACAGAGCUAACACAUCAAGAACUAUUCACAGAAGAGCCGUGUUUGAUCGGCCUUAGGACGUUGUCCGACGUGACCGACCUGAAGCAGUUGUCCGUUGGGCACUGCGGUCGCGCUCUCAGGUCACUAAGACCACCUCUAAUCCAAUUCCCUUUUCAGGUGUUUCCAGAAGAACCCUUCCAUGGUGUGGGCAACCGGGAAGUGAUAACUGCCCUCAUACCUCUAACAGCACUCAAGACCACUGUAUUCAUAAUCAACCUCCCCUGUCACUAAUAUAUUAUAGCUCAUAUAGACUACUAUAUAUUGUCCAUGUUAGGAAGUUAGAUUGGAAAUAUUACACGAUUGCUGGUUAGAAUAUUCACCUUAGGUGUCCAACAUUAGAUUAUAUCCGCCAUUUUUUCAUGGGAUCCUCAUAAUUAUGUAAAACGUUAUAGUUAUUGAAGAAACCUUUAUACGGUAUACAAGAUUUUCGAAAAACCAGUUCCAUAAUUCCUGGAGAUUGUUACGGACCAUAUCUCUGUUUAAUACUUUUCAUAGUCAUAGACACUAACAUUUCGACUCCGUUAUGUUGUUUAUUUCAUCCUGAGGUGAUCAUUAAAUGUCUUAAUUUGGGCUAGUGGAUAUUUAUACUAGACUCUGCGUUUUGUGUAAUUUAUUUAUCAUCAUCUUAUCUCCCGUAGUUAAAUAAGAUUUCCCGGUUGUUGAGAACAAAUUGAUCACUAAUGUUACACUGACUUUGUAAAAGUCGAAGAUACAAACCGAUUGUUCUGACGCUACUGUGUAGAGUAAAGCUUGUUGUAUGCGUUAGUCGACAGAGGUUGAGUCAUUAUGUUGAUUGUUAUGUAAAUUAUUGGCAGUGAAACACCUCAGUUAAAAGGAUUUAAUAAAAGGUCCUGCAUUCCAGAAGUCGGUAUUUAGUCUUUCGAAUAAGUGACUUUACGGUUGUUAUAUCUCAACACUUCAUGAAAUAACCAUUAUCUCAAGAUUUAUAUUUAGCUUUCGACCACGCACUAACAGGUGAAUUGUUAACAGUAUACUGUUCUCAUAUUUUUGGUACGGAUUAAUUAAUAUCUGAGAAAUGCUGUCAAUUUCGUCCCAGUUUCGACUCAUUUUCAAAAACUCGAGAAAUGGUUUUCAGUGAGGCAUUCUUAGGAAACGUAAAGCAAUUAGUCCCUUUUAUUAGUUUCGAUAGAGCAAUUAGAAGACAGAAUUAAUGUGAAAAAUGUUUGUGGUGAGACUCUAAUUUAAGGACGACCUUUGAACGAAUCUCAAAUGACCCUGACCAUCAUUAGCCAAUCAGAAGACAGUAUAGAGUGAAAAUAUAUUAUAAGAAAGUAAUGAAUUACAGUGGAUAUUCUUCUUUUACAUGAUUUAAAAACUUGUUAAGGUUUGAUAAAGGUUCAGAGGUUCUGAAUUCAUAAUGCAUAUGGUAUAGAAACUCGUCCAUAGGGUUAGGGUGCUAACAUACGAUCA